AUGAGUCUCGCUCUGUCCGGGCUGCUCUGCCUGCUGCUACUUUCAUUGCCCUCAGGCAAUGCCUUGUUUGGGAACGACGGCGUAGAAAUUCGUACUUGCACUGCACUGAAAGGCAGGUGUUUCUUCGGCUGUAAACCAGGAUGGACCUGGAUAGCUUUCUGCCACAACAUACUGUCUUGUUGUAGAAGGAUGAGAAAGUAUUUGCCCCCACAAGCCAAAAAAUUUUGA